AUGGCAUUUAGCGCCGAUUCCAGAUUCCUUUGCUUUACCAGUAAUACCGAGACCGUUCAUAUAUUCAAAAUUGAAGGACCGAUACCUAAAGAGCUUCGAUUAGAAGAGGAAAUAGCACUGCAAUUUGAAGCACGAGAACGAGAUGCUAUUAAUCCACCAGGAUGGUAUGAUUAUUUUGAGCAAACCAAACGUGCUGUAACGGAUUAUUUGGCACCAACACGAGAUUUUGCUUCAGCAAUUUUGCCGGAAACAGCAAAUCUGAAUGUUGCUAGUUUAAAAGAUGUUGACGAUAAAUUGCACGUGUUAGUGGCAAUCUCUACCAGGAAAUACUUCGUAUUUCUAAUCAAAAAAGAAGGUGGUGUUGCUACAUUAAUAAAAAGUGAAAAACUUCAUUCUAAGGUAACAUCACCAACCCCCGAUGAAAAUCCUGUAGUUCCUUCUCCAUUCUUCAGAAAUAUAUUUCGCUGA